CGCAGCUCCGCCGCAGCCCUGCGGGGUGGCUCCGGGCCCGCCGGGGGACGCGCCCCCCACCCGGGGCCGGCGGCGGGGGCGCCGGAUAAAGCGGUGCCGGCCCCGACGGGACGGGACGGGACGGGACGGGCAGGGCCCGGGGGGGCCAUGGCGAGCCCCUUGCAGCCGCAGCAGGAGCUGACGGCCCCCGGCGAGCAGCGGCUGCUCUGGGGGAGCGGCGCGGCGGGGGCGAAGCGGCAGCCGUCGGGGGAGCGGGCGGAGGGGCUGCUGCUGCUGGAGCUGCGUCGCUGCCCACGGCCGCCGGCCCCCGGCGCGGAGCGGGAGGAAGAGGAGGAUGAGGAAGACGAGGAGGAGGAGGACGAGGAGGAGGAGGAGGAGGAGGCGGCGGCCGGCCCGGGCUGCUGCCCCAAGUGCAAGAAGCGGGUGCAGUUCGCCGACUCGCUGGGGCUGAGCCUGGCCAGCGUCAAGCACUUCAGCGACGCCGAGGAGCCGCGGGUGCCGCCCGCCGCCCUGUCCCGCCUGCAGAGCCCGCACGUCGAGCCGAAGGAGCCCGGAGCGGCCCCGGGGCUGCCCUGCGGCGGGGCCCUGCUGCUGGAGCCCGACUUCCCCGACGGGGGGGCGCCCUCGGCCGAGCGGCUGCGGCGGCAGCGGGUGUGCCUGGAGCGGCUCUGCCCGCCCGCCUCGGCCGCCGGCGUGCGGGGCACGGUGCAGGUGCUGCCGAGCGGCGGCCCCGCCGAGGUGACGGUGCGAUACACCUUCAACGAGUGGCUCUCCUUCAUGGACGCCCCGGCGGAGCCCCUGCCCCCCGCCGCCACCACCACCGGCACCACCGGCACCACCAACCCCGCCGUCGAGGCGCCGGCCGAGCGCUACGGCUUCACCCUGUGCGUGCCGCCGAGCCCGGGGGAGGGCUCGGCCCUGCACUUCGCUGUCCGCUACCGCAGCCAGCAGGGCGAGUACUGGGACAACAACCAGGGCCGCAACUACACGCUGCGAUGGUGCCGCCGCCACCCCGACGGCGGCCCCGGCACUGACGGGACGGGGCGGGAGGGGGGCACCUGAGGGGGAACCGGGCCCGCCGUGGCUCGCGGGGUCGGUUUUUAUCACGUUUUGGAGGGUGUGAGGGGACUGAGUGGCGUGUGGUUUGGUGCUGGUCUUGGAGAGGUAUUAUUUUAUUUCUUUUUCUUUUUUCCUCGACGUUGUUUUUUGAGGCUUCGAUUCGGGCUUCACCGCACCUGCCUGCUCGCUGGAGCGCCCGAGUGACAGGAGCCUUAACGCAGCGCCCCGCUUCCCCUGCGCGCACGGCCGCGUUGGGCCUCACCUCGUUGGCAUUAUUUUUCCAGUCCAGCGGUCUCCACCACAAUACGAUGCUCCCCAGCGAGGGCCCCUGAUAACUUCAGCGCCUGCCCCACCUUGGCCGUGCCCCCAGCCUCAGAGCUGGGUGCGGGUCGGGGCUGCCCUGGCUUUUGUCACUCAGCGGGCUCUGAUAGCGCUCACAGCCUUCCCCAGGCUUGGGUGCGGAUCCCUGCGUGCGCCUGGCUAAUAGCAGCCAACGGGGACUGCUGCAAAAGUGUUUUUGCUUAAAAUAGGCCGCUCGCUGCUUCUCACACAACUGACGGGCCUAAAAAUGGGGCAAGGGAGGAGUUAAAAAUGUUUGCAGAUACUGAGUCUGUCAGGAGAACUUUGAUAACAACACCGUUGAGUAAUGUAAAGUAAAAGAUGGUGCCUGUCUCGCACACAUUUCUGUAUUUUCAUAUUUGGGGAGCAGUGACUGAAUUGGAUGACCUUCUCACUGAGGAGUGACAAUGUGAUACGGAGAGGGUAUCCUCACUAAUGAAUGAAAGCAAAUGCUUUAGUUCAGCUCUCCUUAUGUUACAUUUUGCACUGCAUUUCUCAAGUAUUUUUAAUUUAUUCAGCUUAUUUUGCUGUGCCUUUUCUAGUAUUUGUAUGUUGUUGGGAAGGGGGCUUGUGUGCACCGCAGCGCUGGACACUUACCUGAUUUCCUCUUCACUCUUGCAUUGCAAGCCCGGAGGUGGACUGCCACUGGUGUCCCAAGCCCUGAAACUAAGUAAAACGUACCAAUGCAGAUGGGUUUGUAUGAAUAAAAACUUGUAAAAAAGCUUCUAAAAAGCCCACUGAUAUAGAUCUUUUUUCUGUAUCUUCGGCCAGCAGGAUGUAACCAGAUAGUUCGCAGCUCCCCAGCCUGGUCGUGCCCAGGCCCUAACGCGCUGCAAGUUGCAGCUCCUGCAGUGGGGACGGAGCUGUUGGGGCGCCUCGCAUUGACAACGAAGUCUCACCAUAACCAUGAACGCUGGCAGCUGACAGGCAGCGUUUGGGACGGGGGUCCUGCCAGAGCCGUGCGGCAUGCUCUCCGAACAGGCGUCUUGUGAGAGCUGUCCUGGGAGGAAGCUUUGCUAGCACAGAUGGACAACAAGAAGGUUUUGGUAGAGGUUUUUUUAUGGCUCCUCUGCAGCUUGACUUGCCUUACUUUGACAAUAAUUUUUUGAUGGAAAAAAAAAAAAGAAGUAGAUAUUGUCAGGAUGCAGAAAAAGCUUUGACCUUUGGAUGUGUAUUCUUUAGCAAGGCCGUCAGUGAUUAUCCUCAUUUUUAAAACAGAACAUGCUGUGAGUUUUCUCAGAUCUUCAUUUCCUCUGAAGAUACAAAACAUUUUAAAGCCCAUUCUAUGUGCCUUAGGAAAAUCUGCACCUCUAUAAAAUUCCCCCUACUUAUACAAUAGGUGCUCAGAUGACCUGCCCUCUCAGUGAGCUGGCACAGAAUCAGAGGUGGUGGAAGCAGAAGAAAUUAUGUGAAAGAGAGGGAACUUCAGCCUGCAGUCCCUGCAGUUUUGCUAACACGUGCUGAAUCUGGAAACGCAGCCUGCCCUUCCCCUCCUUGAAGAAAACAUACAUAAACCGUAGAUUAUGGCAUAAGAGUACAGCCGAAUAUAAGGUGGUGUUUAAUUCCUCCAGAAGCCGUCUUGGUAGUAGAGCAGUACCUGUAUCUGUGCUCAGUAUCAUUGCUUUAAAAAUGCACAAAGUAGAAGCUCUGUGCAUGCAAACAGAAGCUCCUACUGCUGCUUUCCAAGUUCCAUGUAAACUCUCUCCAAAAGUAUGGAAGUUAUUUAAGGAAGAAUAGACAACUCUGUUACUGCCGCACAGAAGUUUGUUUUAGAAUAGUGCAUUAUCAGAUUACAGGGCUUUGCAUGGAAUAAUAUGCUGUGAAUUAGCCUUUCUUCAGAUAGUGGUAUCAAUGAAAUAAUGUGCUUUUAAGCUGGCACGUGUUGGUAAUGGUAUUAAGAUAGAUUCUUCACUUAAGUACAAUGUAAUACUUUGAACUUCUGGGACCCAUUCCUUUUUCUGUGUUUUGUUUAUUAAUUGCUUCAGAGAAGAAGGAAAUUUCACCAAAAAAGGGCGGGCUGGAGGGCUCUCUCCUUAAACAGGAUUUAAACGAGUAGCCAUAUUCUGAUUGCUGUAUCUGGGCAGAGGUAGACGGAAGAAUUAUAGCUAGUUGCAGUUAUUUAUAGCGGUAGAAACAUUCUCUGUUGUACACAGUACACUUCUGUACUUUUAAGAUUUUAUAUAAGCAGAGAUUUCCAAAGCAGGUUUCAAAGACCGCUUGCACACAGUUCUCUGUAUUUUCAUUGGUGAAGUUACUGGGGGCAAUGGAAAUGCAAGGCUUUACCAAAAUUACAUUGGGCAUUGUGUAAAAAUCAGAAGUAGAACAUGUAUGUACUGAGUGCUAGCAACCCUGAAUAGCCAAAUACAGGGCUGCUGCUCGAUGUUGUAGGUCAAGAUACAUAGCAUAUAACUUUAUUCUCAAAGAAAUAGAUUCAAACUGAAUUAGUUCUAAUUCUAUGAAAUGAAAAAGCCCAACAGAGUAAAAUGUGAAGAGAAACACAUUUUCUGUUUGGUUGCAUUACUGUUCAUGGAAUAUUUUAUAGAGACUCAGUGCAUAGCUUCUGGAGAAUGUACUCACAAACACCCUCCCUACCCCGACUUAAGAAAUAAAAAAGAUAAAGAUUUGUUAGCACUCUUGGAAGAACUCCAGCUCUACAGAUUUUCAGUUUAUGCGGAUUUAUAUAUAUAUAUAUAUAUAUAUUUUUAUUUUUUUUUUUUCCCCCCAUGCCCUUAAGGGCAUAACAGAGAGAUAGACGUCAAAGGAUUUUAUAAGUAUGAAUAAACCCCAAAAGUUUAAAACAAUUGAACCUCUAUACUGGGUAACUGUGAAGGACAUCAAAGUUAAAAGUCCUUUAAGCAUUUCUUUGCAGCUUAUAAUAACGUUUAAAUUAAGAUUGAAAUGAUUUCAGAAAAGGACCGUGAAGUUAAAUUUACUUUGGCAUCAUGAAGAACUACAAGCUUGCAUGCAAACUACUUGUGUCUAGUUUAAAGCUGGGGCUUUCAGUCAGAACUUGAAAAGUCUGGCUUCUGCUCCCAUUGACUUCCUGGGAUCUGGAUUCAGCCCAAAGUAUUGCACGAAGGUAGGGGAAAUGAUGGAGGUUUAAUUGUCUGUUCUGUUCAGACACUUGUGUUUUAGGGUUAGCAUAACAUGGCACUGUGAUGAAUGUUCAUCUGUCAGAGUUCAAAAUCUGUUCUCUGGGCUUGGCAGUAAUUAAAUCACCUUAAUUGUUUUUUAUGACUCUAUUAAAGAGAGGGAAAAUUA